AUGACCUCAUUUAACUCGAAAUUUUCCGGAGGUAAAAAUAGUUCCCCAAUCGGAUCUCCGGGGGGAACAGCGUUAAAUGAUAAAAACAAUGAAAUCAGGGUGAAUUUGCGAAAUAGGAUGAAGAUUGGUACAUGGAACGUACAAAGUCUAUAUGAAGCUGGGAAAUUGGCUAACUUAAUGCAAGAAAUGGACAGGCUGAAAAUAGAUAUUCUGGGGGUGGCAGAAACAUGGUGGCCAGACGUAGGAAAAUGUGUAACGCAGGGAAAAGUUCUUUUCUAUUCAGGAAACCAAGACAAAAACCAUCGUAAAGGGGUUGGAAUAAUAAUUCCAGAAAAAAUAUCCUCGUCAAUAAUUAACUUCCUGCCACAUUCCGAUCGCAUUGCGCUGCUUAAACUGAAAGCACAUCCAGUCAAUCUUAAUAUCAUUCAGGUGUACGCCCCCACCUCAGACGCACCAGAAGAUGAAGUCGAAGGGUUUUAUGAAGAACUAAGACAAGUAACACAGGCAAACGUUAAAAAACAUGAAAUGAACCUCAUAUUGGGUGACUUCAACGCCAAGGUUGGAAAAGGAAUACGAGACGAACUGGUGGGCCCUUAUGGAUUGGGAGAGAGAAAUGAACGAGGCGAACGGCUAUACCAAUUUUGUCAAGAAGAACAGAUGAAAAUAACAAACACCUGGUUUAGACUGCCACCCAGAGUCUAUACACAUGGAGAGCACCAGCAGACAAUCCCGAACACCUAA